GUCAGGAUUAACACGGGCCACCUAGCUUUACCAAACGCCGAUAACGUGUGCUACACCUAAUUUCCUUGGUUUGACCGCUUCUGCAAAACCUUACGGACAGUCGAGUUGAUGCACCAAUCGUUUGGCGACAAUUUGACCUUCAAGUGCUCAGUAACCUCCAUCAAUGGACGAUGCAACUGGUAGUAGCGCAUGUGCUAUCGCCACUUGUUACCGAUUGCUUUCACUGUUGAAUUCGAGUGCAUCCUAUUCGCUUACAAGAUCAUUUGCUAACCUUCCAUAUCAUUCCUUUUCUACCAAAUUUACUCCCUACUCUGCUCACUUCUUCAACUCAACAUACUUUCAGCAUAGACUCGAAGCGCUGCACAAAUGCUUACUGCCUGCAGAGAGGUUUAUUUAUCUCUAAAACACUCAUUCAUAGGCUGGAAUUUAAGAAAUGGUAUUGUUAACGAGACUUCUCUACCUGAUGUUGUGAUCGAUUCAGAAUUUGGCAGACAAGUUCCUACUAUCUCACUCCUGACGGUUUCUUCGAAGGGUUCAUACCUGUCUGCUGCAGAUAACCUAAAGCGGCUGUUUCUUUAUGUUAAUGAAAAUGACCACUGGUUAUUGGUUUCACAAUUGAAGCUGCGCAAACAGGUAUCGUGUCUUUUUUUUUCUCCAAGUGAAAAAGCACUACUUAUUGGAGACAAGUCCGGAGAUGUUUUCAAACUCACUCUGUGUCCGGAGAAGCCCAUUCACGAUACAGAUUUGACUCUUCUUUGCGGACAUUUCUCAAUACUUAGUCACAUGGCUAUUUCGGAGGAUGAAAUGUACUUGGCGUCUUGUGAUCGUGAUGAAAAGAUACGGAUUAGUCGAUUUUCUGAACCCUAUGUUAUCCAAUCAUUUUGUCUUGGUCAUAAAUCGUUCGUUUCUCAGCUUGGAUUUAUUCCCGACACUCGAUAUUUAAUCUCAACAGGAGGAGAUGGAUAUAUAAGUAUUUGGAAUUGUGAGUCGGGUCACUGUCUAUCAUCGUAUUAUGUUUCAAAAAGUGAACUCCCAUCUCUUUCAGUUUCUACGGAUUCGCAGUUCAAUUUUAAGUCGGAAGCUGUUGUUUCUAGGUUUUAUUUUAUCAAAGAUGUUGUCGUUUGUUGUUUUUUAUCCAACCCAGUACUGAUGGCGUUUCAUAUUCAUAUACAUGAAGAUGAAGUUGUCUCUUGGGGAUCAAAAGCUUUUACUUCCACAGAGGAUAAAAUGCCAUUUACGGAUAUAGCUCUAUGUUCAAAUGAUAAUCGUAUUAUUGGACUGUGUUCUACUGUGACUAGUGUUCGUCUCUACUCCUGGAAAUUGAUUAUUCAAUACAAUACUUGCCAACCAUCUUGCUCUGUCAAAUGGGAUGUUCCUCAAAUUGUUGAUUGUAUAUCAAACAGCUUUCUUCUACAAGUUCCAGUGCAUCUGAAAUACGCUUGACCGAUAAACUACCAUAAUUUUGCUCGUGAAACAAAUUGUAAUGGGUUAGAUAAUCAUAAACUCCGCCUGUAGCCCUUCUUGGUUUAAAGCCGGUCCCAAGACUGGAUAAAGAAAAAGAGUUGGAUAUGAGGUUAACAACCCUAUCCCAUAGAAAACAGCCUUGCUUGGAUAAACAGAAUAAACAAUUUGAACCAUUUACAAUCUGCUCUGGGAGUUGAAGGAACUUCAUUCAUAAGAAUCCUGAUCCCUCAUGAUGAAAGCCGAGAUUCCUCAGAAAUCACGAAACCGAUUCCCUUUCUGACAACCAGAACAACAAUUAACCUUGGUAUGUGGAAUAUCCGGACAUUGUGGAAGACUGGGAGGACCAGCCAAAUGGCUACAAGAAUGAGGAGGUACAACUUGACAAUAUUCGAAAUCAGAGAAUCCCAUUGAACCCAAGCUAGACAGAAAAGGCUAGAUCCUGAAGAGAUGCUGUUGUACUCUGGUCACGAAGAAGAAAAUGCUCCUCACACAUAGGAAGUUGUUCGAUGUUGUCCAAAUAAGCACGAAGAGCACUUAUGGAAUGAGAAUUUCACGGAGCCAGGAUCAUCAAAGCAUCCUUAAAAACAAAGAAAGAGGGAAUCACAGCGAAUGAUAUCCAGUGUUAUGCACCCACCAAUGAUAGUAAUGAAGACGAUAAAGAUCAGUUUUAUGAGACGCUGCAGUCGAUCGUAAGGAAGUGCCCAUAAAAAGACGUGGCUAGUAUGAAGAGCCAUUAUGACUUACCCUUCGUGUACCUGCAGACUUGACUAAAACUUCUCGUGGUCUUGCUGGUGUGAGUAUAGCACCAAGUUCACAGUAAUCGUAUCAGGUAAUUUUAAUACUGGGGCGUAAAGAAGUUGAGUUCAUUAUUCACUUCACUUAUCCUAAACGUCUCAUAGGUUGUGGUAUGUUGUUCGUGUUUGGUAAAAUCUCGACAGAGGUUCAGAAAGCUUAUUUAACUUUUGCCAGCUAAUUAGAAUUCAAAAUGUGAUUUAUGUACAAAGUAUUGUAUAAAAAAUAGUGAUAAUGAAGUACAUUCCGGCUAACUGAUGAUUAUUAAGAUAUGAAAAUAAAUGUGACAAUAAAUGAUUAUUCACUUCUGCCUUCGUCUUUGUCGCUGCAAUAUGAGAAAUCACUUGUUUUCUUUUUGUUUAAUGAUCUUCAGUUCCAAGUCCCCGAACAGAACUUUUGAAAUUAUUCUUCAAGUGCACAGAUAAUAGCUCGAUGUUACAAGCGUAUGAAUCAAAUAAACAAUUGCAUCAACACAAUGUAACUCAACGUCAUAUACGUAGUCAAAAAAUGCGCAAGUUGAAUAAAACUCGACAGAAUUCAGUUGAUAAAGAAUUAAAUGUAUAAAAAACCACUCACUAUCUAAAUGUUAUUCUUAAUAUUGUUGUAUUGGCUUAAAAAGUGAUGUUGUAGACCUUCAGUGGUAAUUAUUUUGCAGGCGACUUAUUAUUAUUUGCAUAGAAACGUUGAUAUUAUGGAAAGUUCAUUGUAGUCGACAUACACUACUAUAUUUU